AUGGCGGAGGCUGCCCGCCCCUUGAUACGGUUUGGGAGGCGCAGAGGGCAAACCCGGGAGUCCGAGCGUGAGUGUCUCUCCCGAGGAGGGUGCAGGGGGCACGGCGGCAUGAGUGAAUUGGGAGAGAGCAAAAAUGACUUCAAUGGAGAUGAAAUAAUGGAAGGAAUAUUUCUUCCUGCGGGAGUAGAUCUUCACCAGAUAACUAUACUUUCUAAGGCAGAAUGGGAAAGGAUUCAGGACAGCAUUGAUGCUUCAGCAAGAGAAGCAGCACAAAUUCGUGCUGAAAGGAAAGAGCGGAAGGAUUUGCACUUACAGUCUCAAGCCCUUAUGAAACACUGGAGCAACACUAUUGCAGGUUUGACACAGGCAAAGCUGAAAGCCAAAAAAGAGCGUGAAGAGAAGAGUGAGGAAGAAAAAAGAAAAGUUGACCUGGAAGAAGCAAAGUACCAGGCGGAGAAGAGAAAAGAAGCCAUUGAAAAAGCAAAAAUUGAUCAGUAUUAUCAAAGUGACAGAGUGAAAAGAUUCCAUAAAGCGCUCUUAGUUACUGAAGUCUUAAAAGAAAGAGAAGCUCAGAUUGAAUUUCAGAAGGUAAAGCAAAAAUUGUACCGGAGCAAGGACGAAGAAAUAGAACGUGAACAUCAAAAGGCUAUACUAAAAGAGGAGGAAAAAGUAAAAGAAGAACGGAGAAAGCGAAUGCAGAUUUGCAAGGAUCAACUGCAACAGAUAAAAGAGCAUGAACGUUUGGCAGAGCUGAGCAGACUAGAAAGCAUAAAAGAAGGGGAAGAGAUUGAGGCGUCGACCAGGUUCUAUCACCAGGAACUGCAGGAAAAAGAGCAGAAGAAGCUGGAGCAUAAGCUGGAGCGCAAACAGGCCCAUCAGGCCCAUGUUGCGGACCAAGUUAUUCUGAAGGCUAUAGAAAAGCAAAAACAAGAAGAAGAAGAUGAUAAAAUUCGAGACCAUGUUAAUGCAAAGCACGCUAUAGCGAAGCUGAGAAGACGAAGAGAAGAAGAACUGCUCAGGGAAGUAGUGGAAACCAGAGAAAAUAUUGCCAAGCGCCUCCUGGCACAGAUGAAAAAGAAGGUUACCGAUGAAGACGAGCGUGUUGCUAGGGAAGUCUCAGAGGCAGAAGAGGAGCGUGAGAAAGAACUCUCAGAAAAAGAAAAAAAGAACAAAGCUGAUUUGCAAUUAAUCACAGAAUACAGAAUUGGUGUGAUAAAAAGGAAAGAGGAAAAAGAAAAACAGGAGAAACAGGAAGCUAAAGAGACACUUUGUAAAAUGAUUGAAGCAGAUCGAGUCUACCAGGAAUUAGAGAAAGACAAGAAACACAGAAAUCAUUGCGCAAACUUAAAACUGCAAGAAACCCAUGUCAUGCAAAUUGCUGAAAAAAUAGCAAGAGAAAACCGUGAGAAGCAAGAGGAAACAGACUAUGUUAAACAGAGAGAACAUAUUGCUCUGUGUAAGGAGCAGGAAUUCCAGGAGUAUGCAAAGAAAAUAAUCGACGAAGAAGCAAAAACAACCCAGAAUCUUUACCCUCUUUUGAAAGUAGUAGGGGAGGGUGCUGGUGGGGGUUAUGGGUCACUUUAUAGAGAAAAGGAAGGAAUAAGACCUGGCGGUCAGGGUGCUCAGCUACCUUAUACGGGUAGUACAGCUCAGGAAAUGAAGCUUCUAAAUGAACACCGAUACGAGGGUACUAAGGGACGGCUAGGUUUUACCUGGUAA